AUGGAUAGCUUUCGUUCAUAUCAUUCAGAGUCAGAAGAAUCCUGAAACAAUAAACUUAACAGAUCUUUUGAAGAGACUAAACAGUACCCAGAUCUUGAGGACAUUCCAGAUAUUAGGGUAGAAAAAGACUGCGUUGAAGAGACUAAAUCUAUAGAGCCUGAAGAUUCUAAUCUUCAACCCGAAAAAUCAAGAGUUGUACUAGAAGCCAAGACUUGGAUCAAUGGAACACAUGGUCUGUUUAGUUAUGACACCAAAGAAAUUAAAUAAUAAAACUUACCGUAUUUAUUCUCCUGGCAAACUAAUCAGAAAUGGGCUUAAAAUUAAUUAUAAAGAAACAACUCAAGAGUAUGUUGCAAGUGCAGAUGAAACAGUUUUACUAAAUUUGGAGAAUCCAUCUGAAAAUACCUACACUAUCAAGCCGGUUAAUACUAAUAAGCAGAAUGAUCGCAUCUGGACCGUGAUCAAAGAACUUGGCUCUCAUGAAUAUAAGAUAGAAGGUCAUGAUAUCUUUAAGCUUGGCAAGAUGAAGUUUAGAGUCAAGGAGUUUAGAACACCCGAUUGUUAUUUUACCGAAACAGAUUCGCCUUCCCCUCACGAAGGGUUUGAUAAAGAUGAUGAUGUUGAAGAUCCAGAUCAACUUUCUGAUGAAGAAUUAAAAAUUGGCAAGGAUAAUUGUAUAUUUUGAAGAAAGACUAAUGACUUUGUAUCAAAUCUCGUUUUGGUAUCAUGAAGUUGAGGUGAACCAAGUGAAGAAAUUGAAAUAAAAAGACCAGAUGAUCCUGAAGUGCCAUACAUAAUUAUCGAAUGGUUGAAUCCAACUAGCUCUCUAAGAACAGUCCACACAAUUGUGUUCGAGGAUGCAGAAGAGCCCUUCUGCUUAGGAAGAGGACAUGAAGCUGACCUUAGAAUUAACUGUAUUUCUGUAUCAAGAAAACACGCAGCCUUUAAAUUCCGGGAAGAUGGGUUCUACAUGGUCGAUCUUAAAAACAAGUACGGUACACUUGUACUAGAGAGAGGAGCACUGGAGAUAUGCGAGGGUGUACAAAGGACCAUACAGAUAGGCCAUACUGUUAUUGAUGUGAAGUUUGAGGUCCUACAGCAGGGACAUUCAUUUAAACCUCCAAUUGAGGAGGGGAAUUUAGGUGCAAAUGUGGCAAAUGCAAACGAAGGCCAUUUUUACGAAGAUAUGAGCAAUAGCCUUGGCUCCAUUGGUACUGACAGCGAGAAUCAUCAGAGAAAUUCUGAUAGCCAUUGGAUAGAUGCUAAUUUAAUUAGUACUUCAGACAGUAAUAAUUUUUAA